AUGAAUGUAAUUUACUUGGAAAGAGUGAAUGGCCUAGACUUGAAGAUGGCAACUCUAGAGAAACGUACUGUACUGGAACUCAAGAGGCUUUAUAUCACUGCUGCAAGGAAAUGUGAUUUGAUAUCAGCAAUUAAUACCAGCUUUCAAGAUAAAUCUAUAUUUCAGAGAGUACCCAUCAAUAAGAAAAAUUUCAACAUUAUCUCAAUCGAUAUGGGUAUUAGAAACUUUUCUUAUGCUAGACUUCAAUUAGAUAAAACAUUACCUUUAAAUAGACCACCAAUCAUCAAAGAAUGGACAAAGUUUGACGUUAAUAAUUGGGCUGAUGUAUCUCGGGAUGCAAGUUAUGAACCAACAAGAUAUGCACAUAUAAGUCAUAGAAUCAUAAAUGAAAUUAUAUUUGAUUCUAAUUAUGGUUCACCAGAUUUAAUAUUAAUUGAAAGACAACGUAUACGGUCUGGAAAAAGUAAAAACGUCUUAGAAUGGGUGUUCAGGGUCAACAUGUUUGAAAGUAUGUUACAUGCAUUAAUAUAUUCAAAGACACAGACCGAGAAGCUAGUAAGUGAUACAAUGAUCAUCCCAUCAAGUCCUUUGAAGAUGGGUAAAUUUUGGGAACCUUCAAGUGAUGGAAAAUUAAAGAAUAAAGAUUCAAAGAAGUUCAGAUUAAUCUUAGUGGAAAAUUGGUUAAAGAACUAUGUUAAUGGCCCGUCACCAGAUAUUCCUUUUGCAAUUUCACCAGGAUUGAUAGACUUCAAAGAACUCAACGCCACUAAAUCUAAAACUAAAUGGCUUUUCCAAACCAUCAUGAAGAACUCAAGGUUUAAUAUUGAACCUAAAGAUCCACAAGCUGCCAAAGAUGUUCAAAAAGGUGAUGAUUUGACUGAUUCUCUUUUACACUCAUUAGCCUGGCUGAAAUGGGAGAAACAGAAAAUGAUACUAAAGAUGGAAUUCAGAGAAUCAGUAGAAGCAGCUAUGAAGACUAGUGAAGAUAUGUAUGAGUCUCAUGUGAAAGAGAUGGAUCGUAUAUUAAAGAAAUCUGAAAUCAAGCCUGAGAUUGCGGAUAAACCAAAGAAAAAGCCUAGAAAAACUAAAACUAGGAAAUCCAGUACUGAAAAAACGGAUUAA